AUGGCGGUGACCGGCUGGCUGGAGAAUCUGCGGGCGGCAGAGAAGACUGCACUGCUGCAAGACGGGAGAAGAAAGGUGCACUAUUUGUUCCCAGAUGGAAAGGAGAUGGCCGAAGAAUAUGAUGAGAAGACAAAUGAACUACUUGUGAGGAAGUGGCGUGUGAAGAGUGCCCUGGGAGCCUUGGGCCAGUGGCAGAUUGAGGUGGGAGAGCCAGCACUCCCAGGAGCAGGGAGCCUGGGGCCUGAACUCAUCACGGAAAGCAAUGCCAAUCCCAUAUUCAUGCGCAAAGAUACCAAGAUGAGUUUCCAGUGGCGAAUUCGAAACCUCCCAUACCCUAAGGACGUUUACAGCGUCUGUGUGGACCAGAAGGAGCACUGUGUUGUCGUGAGAACAACCAACAAAAAAUACUACAAGAAGUUCUCCAUUCCUGACCUAGAAAGAUACCAGCUACCUCUGGAUGAAUCCUCGCUGAGCUUUGCUCACGCCAACUCCACUCUCAUUAUCUCUUACCAGAAGCCAAAGGAGGUCCUGGUGGCUGAGUCAGAGCUGCAGAAGGAGCUGAAGAAGGUGAAGACAGCCCACAGCAGUGAUGGCGACUGCAAGACUCAGUAG